UGUAUGUGCUUGUAGUUAAUGAAGAGAUAACAAUCCAGCAUUCAUCCACUGACCCUCCAGCUGCUUACGCACUACAGGCUGCUGGGUAAUACUGUACUUGAGGCAUUUGUGUUUAUUACUACUGAUGUUAUUUUUUAUGCUUCUCUAUCAACGGGGAAAAAAGAGCAAUAAUUUGAGAUUUGCAUUUGAGCAUUCAUGCUGGAUAAAUAUUACUAAAUUCAACUAAGAUGUUUCCUUGGUCAGCAGUGCUCUCUGCAGCACCCAAAGUACCAGGCCAGCGCUCCACAGAAGAACUGGUCACCAACACACUCAUGCUGGAGCUUGGGGCCCUGGUGAAGAGGGCGGAGCGGAUCCGCCAGGAGCGGGCGAUGCAGAUCCGUCGCCGUGGCUCUGCCGUGGACUACACCUGGCUGGCCGACUCCAGCCCCAAGCUGACCUUUGAGAUCUCCCCCGGGGAGGUGCUGGACCUGCAGAACCUGUGCGCUAAAAUCCCCCCAUCCCAGUGCGGCCCCGUCGUUCUCAAGUUCAGGAAGCUGGUGGCUGAGUUUGAGCCUGACGUUCAUGAAGUGCCCAGCCUUUUCCGCUCGUUGCUGCGCGACUGCCUCGACGAGGAGGAAGAGCGGGACCUGAGCGGCGCCGAGAUGCAGGCUAGGGCCAGCCGCUGGAGCACGCAGCGCAGCAGGAGCCUCUCCUUCGUCUCCUUCCGCUCCAGGUUCCUCAUUAACCCCUUCAAGGGCGUGGCCUUAGGGGGCUCACGCAACAACCUGCAGGAGGGGGCGAUGUGGAUGGACGAGGAGGUGGAAGGGGAUCCGAACCGGUCCGUGCCGGCUGUGAGGAGAGGGAGGAGCAGGAGCAUGCCAGAUAUCACCCAAAUGGAGGACAGAAGCUAGUGCCGAAGGAGGAACUACAAUACUGUGCAAAAGUCUUAGGCAGUCAAAAGAAAUGUUGAAAGUUGAUAGUAGGAUAAUAAGUAUAUAUCUGCUCAGAACGAAAACAUAUUUUGACAUUAGAAUAUAUGCACAUUCGGAGUAACACAAUGAAAACUAACAGGGAUUUCUUUUGUUUUCUAAAAAGUUACUGAGAUCCAGCUGGCUGCCUAUAUGAACAGCUUCAGUUCCCAAACCUCUCCUCAGGGGCACCCCAGCCAUUCCAUGUGUUUGUUCAGCAAUGUCACCACAAGCUUAUUUGAUUUAUUAACUAAAUACGCUUUAAAAGUCAGUGAGGUAUUGAUAAGUCGCGUCAAAGACUACAUGGGCGUAUUGGAUGGCUGCUGCAAACACUUUGGUGACUAUAGGAGAGAUCUGACGUGGGUAAGCUAACACACUUUUACAGACAUAUUAUCAUAGUUUUACACAAGCAUGAAGGUCAUUUAAACAUUUUCUUUUACUGUCUAAGGCUUUCGCACAGUAUCGUAUGUGGGUUCAAAAUGUAGAGACAAGACAUGUCAGUAGCCAGGGAAGGACAGACAGAAAAGCCAGCAGGUUGUGACACACAUUCUUGUUUCUACGACGAUAUUCACAUCAGAGAUCACAUGGAGUGUACAGAAAACUAAGGAAGACGUGCAAAGACAGCACCUUUGCACCAACCGUGAUACAGCACACUAACGGCGCAGAUUCAUAAACACGUGAUUUAAAAACAAACCAAUACGAGGGUUAUAUUCAUUAAGUUACUAGCUUCUGAACACAGUUUAAAAAUCCCAGCAGUAUUCAAGCAAAUAAUUUAUAGUACUUGUCAAAUUUAAAUAAAAAUAUUUUUGUGAAUAUUAAAGCAAUACAGAAUGUAAUGCAUUGUUGUCUGAUUGUUGCAGAAAUACACUUAGGAUGAGAAUAAAUAGGUACUGCAGCCC